UCCCUUUAUUCUUCUUCUCCCUUUCUUUUUUCAUUUUCUUAAAAAAAAAUCUCACUUUCUCUCUCCAAUGGCGGCGACACUAGGCAGAGAGCAGUACGUGUACAUGGCGAAGCUCGCGGAGCAGGCGGAGCGUUACGAGGAGAUGGUCCAGUUCAUGGAGCAGCUCGUCACAUCCGCCGCUCCAUCAUCAUCGGAGCUCACCGUGGAGGAGCGCAACCUCCUCUCGGUGGCCUACAAGAACGUGAUCGGAUCUCUGCGCGCGGCGUGGAGGAUCGUGUCCUCCAUCGAGCAGAAGGAAGAGAGCAGGAAGAACGAGGAGCACGCGGCGCUCGUCAAGGACUACAGAUCUAAGGUGGAGGCGGAGCUCUCCUCGGUCUGCUCCGGGAUCCUCAGGCUACUCGAUGAGCAUCUGAUCCCGGCGGCGGCGGGGAGCGAGUCGAAGGUGUUUUACAUGAAGAUGAAGGGAGAUUACCAUAGGUACAUGGCGGAGUUUAAGUCUGGUGAGGAGAGGAAAGGUGCUGCUGAAGAUACUAUGGUUGCUUACAAGGCUGCUCAGGAUAUUGCAGCGGCUGAUAUGGCUCCUACUCAUCCCAUAAGGCUUGGGCUUGCUCUCAAUUUCUCUGUGUUUUAUUAUGAGAUCCUCAAUUCUUCCGACAAAGCUUGUAACAUGGCCAAACAGGCAUUUGAAGAAGCGAUAGCUGAGCUUGACACACUGGGAGAAGAAUCCUACAAAGACAGCACUCUCAUUAUGCAGUUGCUCAGGGACAAUCUUACCCUCUGGACCUCCGAUAUGCAGGAGCAGAUGGACGAGGCCUGAGGAUUUGAUGGAAAAGGGAGAGAGAGUUAUGCUGCCAUGUUUCCGAUUUCAAAAUCCUCAUAACAUUGGCUUGAAAAAUAUUAUUUUUAAUUGUUUAUGAUGAGUUAUGUGCACAGCUUUGAUGAUUUGUCGACUCUUAUCAUAAAAGUCUAAAACUAUGUUCUCUAAAAUUUGUAAUCUCUUAGACUUUGAUGAAAGCCUUGAAAAUACUCGAAUUUUGAUUCUUCUA